GUCAUAGUGAUUGUUCGGACGAAAAAAGUUUGCUUAAUACUCUGUACGGAGACAGGGACGCUCUCAACUUUUUCUCCCUUUCGAUGUAUGGCAUAGCGCCGGUGUCGCCCAUUCUUGACCCCUCUUUGAGUCGCGAAAUUUCUGAUGGAGUGUUGCCUCGCCUCGUCCAUUCUCUGCAUGAAACCAACAGUUCCGUGCUGAGCCUUGCAGCGAGCGACGACUAUAUUUUCUCCGGGAAUCAGAAUCAGGACAUUUCGGUGUGGGACAAGCGGACGUAUCGAUUGAAGGAUACGUUACGGGGCCAUACAGGAAGCGUGCUAGCAUUGGUGUACGCUGCAGAAAGGGAAUGGCUGUUCAGUUCUUCAGGCGACAGCACCGUAAGGAUCUGGUCAACGACAACGCUGAAUCCAAUAUAUAUCGUGGAUCCGUAUCUCGAAACUGGUGCUGGAGAUCUGUUCUCUCUUGCCUGGUCCCCGUCUCUACAAACCCUCUAUAUCGGAUGUCAGAAUACGGCCCUGCAAUGGCUCGAUUUGCGAACUAUUCCUUCACAAGAAUCCGUCUCUUCACACACCCUCUGUGCCAGCGACUCUGGUAUAUUCACGCCAAGCGGUACCCCGAGAAAGGCGCACAAAUUCUUUGAUAGCUAUCCCCAGUACGAACGGAAGCCUGCAGAUAUAUACGCGAACAAUCCCACUGGUAAACGAACGCCUGGAUAUGGAACGCCCGUGUCAGACUCGGAUCCUUCCACGCCGUCACAAGUGCCGCAUAUAUCUAUCCCGGCCAGCAAUGUUAUCGAUUCCGCUCAUUUUGGGUAUAUAUACUGUUUGGUGAUAGUGGAGGAAUGCGAGAUUGGGGGAGUUAAGCUUAUAUCCGGGAGCGGCGAUGAGAGUAUCAAGAUAUGGAGCUGCACCUCUAAUGGUCCAGUACUGGAGCAUGAAUUCACAUGUGCCAUUGGUGCAGUGUUCGCUCUUGUAACCCAGGGAGACACUAUAUAUGGCGGGUGCCAGGAUGGAAUAGUCAAGGUUUUGGACAUGGAAACUCGAUCUAUUGUCAGGACCAUCAUAGUCCAAGAGGGGGUCGACAUUCUUUCCAUGUCGUUGCUCAAGUCCGAUUUGUAUGUUUGCCUUGCUAAUGGACGAAUACAACGUUAUUCUGCCUCGUUCGACUGCACCGCAUCUUGGAAAUGUCAUAAUGGAAUUGUCUUGUCUUCGAUAUUAGAUGACCAGAGGAACAAUGGGACCCCCAAGCUCAUUACAGGUGGAAAUGAUGACAACAUUAAGAUAUGGGAUGCCAUUCCACCCAAAGCUCGAAGUUUUCAGACCUCUGGCUCGCGAUCACUCGUCGCUGAUGCAGAUUCACGCGGUGACACAUUGGCAUAUGCACUGUCCAAGUUUAUAUCAUUUCCCAGUGUCAGCAGCAAUCUUUCGAACAGGGAGGACUGCAGACAAACGGCCAUCUGGCUUAGAAAAUGUUUGAGUCAAUUAGGUGCACACGCUUCAUUGCUCCCAGCGGGUGAAGGAACAAACCCUCUCGUAUUGGGGACAUUCAACGGCCUACAGACCCAGAUGACCAAACCUAGGAUCUUGUUUUAUGGACACUACGAUGUCAUGGCGGCACCACCCGAAGGCUGGCAUUCCGAUCCCUUUAUUUUGACAGGUAGAAAUGGCUCCCUGUAUGGCCGAGGCGCGACAGACAACAAGGGUCCAAUAAUGGCGGUGGCUUGUGCUGCGGCUGCCCUUCUGCGGCGUCGCUCACUAGCUGUCGAUCUUGUGUUUCUUAUCGAGGGCGAAGAAGAAUGUGGGAGCACAGGGUUCAAGGAUGCUGUGAGGAUGCAUAAGGCUACUAUUGGGCAUAUUGAUGCGAUCUUGGUCAGUAACUCGACGUGGAUCACUGAAGAACAUCCGUGCAUCACGUAUGGUCUUAGAGGUGUUGUCCACUGUGAUCUGGAGAUAAUGAGUUCCCUUCCGGACCUGCACUCUGGUGUAGAUGGAGGCGGUGUUGUGGAGCCGAUGGACGAUAUGAUAAAACUACUAGCCACCCUGAGCGAUCGGCAGAAGGGUGUGCAAAUACCUAGUUUUUACGACCAUGUCCGGCCUUCUUCCGAAGAGGAAAAAUCUAAUUACAGUCGGCUCGCUGAAAUUACCAAUAAACCUGCUAGUUCCCUAUCUUCGAGAUGGAGGGAGCCGUCCUUGACUAUACACACCAUUGAGGUGUCCGGUCCACAAAAUUCGACUGUCAUACCUGGCACUGUCAAGUCUCAAGUCUCCAUUCGUAUAGUCCCCGACCAGGAUUUAGAUACCAUCUCCCGGUCCCUCUGUGAUUACCUGACCAGAUCAUUUGAAGGUCUCCAAUCACCCAACAAAUUCAACGUCAGCCUGGAGAAAGCGGCUGACUGGUGGUUAGGGAAUCUAGAUGAUCCCUGGUUUAAAGCAUUAGAAGCUGCUGUUCGGGAGGAAUGGGGAGUUGAUCCUCUACACAUUCGCGAAGGAGGAUCCAUCCCUUCGGUGCCAUACCUUGAGAAGGAAUUUGGGUGCCAUGCGCUGCAUUUGCCUUUGGGCCAAAGUUCGGAUCAAGCCCAUCUGCCGAACGAACGUAUCUCACUGGUCAAUCUUCAACGAGGAAAGUCUGUGAUUGGGAGGUUUCUCCUAAAAGUAGCUGAUGCCAAUUUUGCCUGAUAUUUACCCUCUUCUCUUCUAUGUAUUUACUUGCUUUCGUGUUAGUUUAUAUUGCAUACCUUAGCUGUCGUGUUUUGUAACAUUCCCUUCUAAUUCCUACUUGUCGGCGUUAUCGGGACUACUCGGAUGUAAGCAGAAGUUUGUGAUUGGUCGUGGACAACUCUUCUCCGCGAACGGUCUCAGUGAUCAACACACCUUCAUCCUCGUCCACCACGAUGUCCUCAUCUCUCAUUCUCCGCUCGUCGCUGUCAAGGUCGGUCGUCCACCGUCUGGGGUCGAGGGCCCCUGGUGCUGUGGCAGUUAGGCAUGCGUCGGAUUCGUCUGUAUAUGUUCCCGGUGGG